CCCAAUUUCGCCUCUAUGUUCCAGCUGAUAAAGUUCCUUGAAGAACGCGCGGAGACCGCCCCCGAGUUGGUGGCGGUUCAGCGCGAGGUGCUUGAGCGCGCGUGCACCGUACACCACCUCGACAAGCCUGAGCUGCACCUGCACUGGGCGCACUUCGAGGAGGCGCACGGACAGCCCGCGAGGGCGGCCGAGAUAUUAGACCGCAUCGAGAAGGCCUGCCCUAAUCUUGUGCAGAUACAGUACAGACGCGUGAACCUCGAACGGCGGCGCGGCGACUACGACAAAUGCGCACAACUAUACGAGGGCUACAUAGCGGCCGCCAAAAGCAAGGCAGUGGCUUCUGCGCUCGCGGUCAAAUACGCGCGAUUCUUGUUCCACGCGCGCGCCGCGCCCGCCGACGCCCGCGCCGCGCUUGAUGCGGCGGUCGCGCGUGAUCCGCUCAACCCGCGUCUGCAUCUACAGCGCCUUGACUUAGCGCUGCACACGCCUGGAACGCCCUAUGAGGAGCUUGAAGAGCUGGUGAUGUCAUACGAGCGGCAAGAGGGCGCGGAGGUGGAAGUGAGCGCGAGCAUGGCGUGGCGGCGCCGCGAGCUGGCCGAGGAGCUGGGCGACGCGGCGGCCGCACGACGCGCGCACACGCACGCGCGAGCGCUCGCCAAGCACAUGCGGAAGCGCGCGCGCAAGGACAAGCACGACGCGCCGCCACCGCCCAGUGCAUCAGCAAGCGACGUGAAGAAAAAAGAGGCGACGCCGGCCAGCGCAGUAACCACGAGCAGCAACUCGUACUACCAGACGCCGGCCGCCACGGCGCAGUCCUACGAGCAGUCGUACGCACAGCCCUACCAACCGCCAUGGGGCUACCAGCAACCUCCCGGGCCCUACCAGCACCACGCGCCCUGGCCGCAGUACCCUAACUACUACUAGCGCCCGCGGUUCUGUCGAUAAUUUGAUCUCACAACCACUCGAACGAGGCCGACGUACGGUCAGCGUCAAAUAGUGACACACACAGUAGCCAAUGAGAGUUCGUAACAUCUCAUUGUUACGAUAUUGGAAUAAGGUUGUUGUGAACUUUUUGGCCACUUUGACUGCACAAGUACGCCUAUAGCCCUACCAAUAUCUUUUGACCGCUUUUAGGUGACCAGAAAUCGACUUCUAUUCGGUAUACUGGUCCAUUGAAUGUAUUAAAAACCGCUCACUAUAAGACCUUGGUUGGGCUGUAUGCUGAGCCGAUAGGAAACGUGUGGUAAAGCUACACAUUCAUUAUGUGCAGUCUAAAUGGGUAAAGACGGCCGAAUGUUCGCUUUCGUGGUUGUAAUGUCAAAUUAUUGACUCGAAUUUUAUUGAAAAUUCGAUGAAAUAAAGCACUUAUUGCUGCUACGCUGUGUUUAAUAUAACACAUUGCCACUAUGUAAUACGAUCGUUCCGUGGUUAGUUAUAAUGUACCGUUAAGUACAGGACUUAUCAAUCUUAUAUUUUAGAACUUAGUUAAGCAAUAACAUAGAUUCCGAUGCAUCUACGCUCUUAAAUUGGAUUUUAUUGUAAUGGACUACAUUUUUGUAAUACUAAUUAUAGCGUUAACAGUAUGGUAUAUUAAAAGGACAGAUUUUUCAGUGCAUUGUAAUUGAUGCGAUAAAUAAAAACUGUAUUGCAUGAAGAACUUUUAUUAAAAUUUGAUAAAUCUAAGAAAACACUACAAUAUACUUUGGGAAAUAAAUAUACUUGUCACAUUAGAACAUGGUAUUGUUAUUUCGAUCUUUCAGUCUUCAGAAGUGAGCGCAUAUUUGCGACUGUAAUAUUGAGGAUGCUUGAUAAAGUUAGAAAAAAGUAGAGCAAACUUUGUGGUAGAUUAUAAUUUUUAUAAACUAAAUACAUAAUUUCAAGAUUUUUUUAUAUUUUCAUAAUCACAUUAUAGUCAAUAUUACAAUUGAAGUCAUAAUUAACUAUGUGAGAUGUGGAAUCACAACAAAUAAUUAUCAUGAAGAAUCGUCCUAUCCACUAUCAAGUCAUGCUCAUAUAAAAAUUAUAAUGAAUUUCUUGAAUUAGUAAUUAUAAUAAAUCGACUAUACGCAAUUUAAGAUAAGAUUAUAAAUACAAAAAUAAAUCUUCAUCAAAUUAAAAUAUAUUCAAGCAUAAUAUUUUCAACUUUAUAAUCCUUAGAAACUAGUUCGACAUUGAUACAUUAUGUAUAAAAGGAUAACAAUCAUUGAAUUGCCUAUUGCAAAAAUUAUAGGCGAUAUAUUUUUAAAACACCGAUGCAC